GAACCGGAACGAAAAAUGAACAGAGGUCAAGCAUUUGGUGCAGCGGCAGCGAGACAAUUCGGAUCUUUUGACCGAGAAUUUUUCGUUCACACACAUUACUAGAGCUGUCAGCUGCGUCGAUCAGGACAAAAAGAUAAAGUCAGUCACUGCGAUUUAGUACACGACCGCAACGAGAGCGAAAGAUCUCUGUGUGCAACAAAUGAAAGCGUCUCGAAAAUAAAAAGACGAGAUCUGACGCUAUUUCUGUGGCGAAACCGAUCCCAUGAAGAAAAUUGCGAUAAUAUCAACACAACUUCGCACACUGAUAAAUAGUAUGUAAGGACAACGAAUUUUUGGAGAAAAUUGCACGGGCGUCGUCCUCGCGGUUGAUAAAGUCAAGAUUCUAAACUGAUCAAACAGGCUUCGUUCAUACGGAGGUUUAUUCUGGAUUUUUCGGGCGCUUGUAUCAUUGUACGGUAUAAUUAUUCCCUGCUUUUUUUAGCUUGGUUUAAUAUCUGUAUUGAUACACAAUCCAGAUUAAUACCCCUGUAGAAGUACAACACGCACUGAUUAUAUCCUGAUCACAAACUGUUCUACGGACGAAGCUUCAGUUUCCACGAACUAAACGCGGCCGCUUAAAGAACUUCAACUUUUAGAAAGUACUAUCGCGCGACCCUUCGAAAUAUUGAGUUACGACGAAGGCGUUGUUGUGUAUUCCCAAAAAAUAGAUCGGACGCUACGAAGGCUCCACAACUACGACGUGCAUGCAAGAAAAAAGAAGUAGCGAGUUUGUUACCGGAAGUCGUACUAAGAAUCUCUACAACUGCAAACCUUUAUUCUACUACUUUUGAAUUACGACGGAUAGAGGUUUCCCGCUUCUAUCCGCCUCUUUUGCGAAAAAUGUCGAAAAUGCAAUAGCGAAUUGCUAUUUUUCGACUCGUCUCGAGUGGUGUAAAAAUCUCGUGAAGUUACCUUCUACUUUACAUCUUUUUGGAUUAUUAUACAAUAAGUUCUUUCUGCUCUACUUUGAGCGCGAAGGCGACUAUUGUAGCGGGCUGUGUGAUAUCUUCGUCACGAACCUGAAAUUAUUUCCAGUUUAUACACGACAGUACAACUGUUGCAGUGGUUUGAAACAGAGUCAGGGAGCUAACGCCGCGAAAAAGCAGCAGCUCUUUGUAAUACAACAAGAAGAACGACCCGAACCGCGUACACGACCAAAAACCGUGUAACAACCACCGACUCCAGCCCACCAACAUGGCGUCAGCACCAGCUGCACCGAAUACUAACCUGCGAAGCGGCGAAGAGCUCGCCAGGCCUCGCGGGAUGACGGGAAGAACGUCGAGCAGUAGGGCGGGGGACAGAGAGGACAACUACGAGGGGGCGCCGCUACUGGGUGGGAAUGAGCUUGACAACUACGAGACAGAGGACAAGAAAGAUGAGAACAGAGAUGAAGAGAAUCAAGCUCCGACCACAGCACCUGCUCCCCAGCAGGACACCAGCGGCGACUCACUUACGUGGACUUCAAUCCUCAUCCUAUCCGGGUUCGUCGUGGUGCUGGUGGCCGCCUCCGUUGGGUUAAGAAAAGUGAUGAAGGAUACCAAAGUUUUGUCCCAGUCCGUCGUACUCGGAGUGGGGUUCUGUGCGUCGGUCACGUACUUUUUCAUCUCCGUUUUGGUUUCCAACAACCCGUAUCAAAUGUAAAAAUGUCUGGAACUUUGCUAGACUUGUCAUGCAGGUUUUCCAUGACCCAUAUGAUCUGUAAUGGAGGACCUAGCAUGACAGAUUCAGUGAGAUCACUAUCAUGCCUGUCCUGCAUGACAAACUCCUGCCUCUCAACUUGAUCAAAAUUGGACAGCAUUUGGGAAUCAUGCAACACAGAUUUUUGCAUGAUUCAGAUUUAGCAUGACAAGUUCUAACCUUCCAGACCCAGACAUUUUUGCAGUGCAUAACCCGUUCCGCAGAGACGCGGAAACCGGGCGAGUCCACUUCUGGGAAAACUUGAAGAACGGGCUCGCCACCACCUUGUCCCCGCGGAAAAUCUGGGAAUUCUUCCCGUCCGGCGCCUGCUUCGGCAUCAGUCAGGCGUUUUUGGUGAUGGGGCCGUUGUUUGUCGGACCGGGGUUGAGAAACAUGUUUGGGCAGUCCAAGAUCCCGAUGAGCAUGCUCUUCGCGUGGCUGAUUCUCGGGAAGAAGCACACGCUGAUGCAGUGGAUCAUCAUUUGCUGCCUCGCGGUUGCCGUCGCGAUGUUCGGCAUUACCCAGAAGGGAGAAUUGGACAAGGGCGAGGACGAGGAGGGCAGCAGCGUGAAGCUGCCCUUUGGCUUGAUCGUCAUUCUGCUCGGGUCCGCCGCCGCGGUGUUGGGCGGGACGCUGCAGGAGAAGCUGAUGAAGAAGGAAAAGGAGGUGUCGAUCUUCACCCAGAAGUUCCAAACAGACAUCUCGCAAAUCUUUAUCACCAUCGGGAUGCUCUUCCUGAUGCCGUACAUCGGAUCGUCGCUCGAUUUGCUCCAAGAAUCCUGCUUCAGCAACGCAAAGCCGGAGAAUUUGUACCUCAGACAGUCGCUGUGGACCUACCGCGGGGUCGUUUUGACCGUGAACGACGGCAUGCAGGAGGGCAAGGAGUUUUUCGAAAAGUCGUUGCGGAAGUUUGAGCAGGACAAGGAGUCCGAGGUGGAUUUUUUGCACGACUACUACCAGGCGGAAGCCCUGGAAACGAACCAGAAAUUCUGGAACGGGGAAUUUUUGAAGGGGGACCAGUACCGGAAGAACCCCGGGUUCGAGACCGCGAAAUACGACAGUGAGAAAAAGUACGAAUCAGGGACGGGGACCAUCGGCGCGAGAAGGGCGCUUCCCCACGUGAAGGCGCUCGAAGAGCUGAAGAAGAAGGUCGGGAAACUCGCCGACCGCGCGGCUAAGUCACCGUACAAGAGAAAUCUGCGCAUGGUGGCGCCGAAUGAAUGGCAGACGAAAAUCGCGAUCGGCGGGAAGCUGUCGACCUAUACUGAGAAAACAAAAGAGGAAAAGUACGAGAUGAAGAUGUGGACGGACGAGGAGAUAUCUGACGCCAAAGCAGCGAAAGAGCCAUUAGCGGAUGCGGACGUCCGCGGUGUCUACCACAGGUUAAUCAUCGACUACCAGGACAACAACAAUGCCAAUCCGACCGACAUCGUGAACGAUUCCUCCGUGCUAUCCUGAGUAAAAACGUACCCACACCAUAGUCAAGAUGGGAAAUCGGCUAGACAAAUCCACAAGUUUUGGCUGUUUUGCAUGCCAAAUUUGGAUUCGUAUUGUAGUGCUGUUUGAGCUAGCUCAGCAGCAUCACAGAUCUAGCAUACCAUGCUGAUUGGAGCAUGACAAAUUGCAAAACACGACUAGAAAAUGCUUCUCAUGAGGCUCCGCAUGAGAAACAUUUUCAGCAUGUAGAUUUGCAUUACAACUCUGGUGUGGGUACGUUUUUACUCAGGAUACGUCCCGAACCAGAAGAAAUACGUUUUCUGCAAGUUCUAUGGAACUGUCAGGAUCGAAAUCGACAAAGUUGAAAUGAUUUGCCAUGCAUAAAAUGGAUGCCAGUUGUAACCCAGUUUCCAACUGGCGCAUGACAAAUUUGGGUAGAGCCGAGAUCCAGUUUGUCAUUCUGUUUGGGUAAGGAGGAUGCUUUUUGUCAUGCUAAUUUAGCAGCUCAGUGUCAGUUUCUACUCCUCAAAAGGCUUGCAAUCUACUGCCUCUCUCGCCUACUCUGCAAGACAGGCACUUUGUGGGCUGCAUUUUAUGCAUGAGAAAUCAUUUCAACUCUGUCGAUUUCGAUCCUGCCACAUCCAUAAGUUCAAGCAGUCGGCCAAGGACCGGGUCGACUCUGUCGAGGAGUUCGAGGAUAGCGACAAUGCGAAUCAGAAGUACCAUAUGAGGUACUUCCGGCCGCAGGGGUGCUUUGUGAACAAGAAAGUGACCAGCGAUGCUAGCAAACAAACCGCUUCGGCUGCCGAGUGGCAACUGUACGUGCCGAUGAACACGACAAAAAGCGCCGAGGAUUUCAAGGUGACCAGCAGGUCCAACGGAAAAUCGACGGACAGCUCUGAUUUCCAGGCACACAUCCCGAAAGACGAUAGUGUGGUCGGGUUGGACAAACUGAAAGCGAUAGUGAGUGGGGAAGUGGUGGUGGAUCCAACGGCAAGCCCGCCACAGAGUGUGACGAAGUUCUUGUGGAAAGAACUGCCUUUCGUGUUGUCUGACAGUUACUUCCACUCGGGUUUUGGCAGUGCUAGCGAUAUUUUCCACACAUUCAUGGAGAACCUUCUAGUCGAGGAGAAGCUCGAGCCGAAUCUGGUGUCGUAUCUCGCCCCGUUUGCCAUUGAGCAGAAACUUGUUUUCCCCGAGCCUGACGCGAACGGACCGGAGGGAAGCAUAUUACCAGCUUCCCUGCACACAUCGAGCCUGGAUACCAUAUUACUCGACCUCCACGUCCGCCAAGGGCCGAUCGCGGCCGGAGUCUUAUACAGUUCGGCCUUCAACGAACCGAAGAAUAGCCAGACCAGCUUUGUCUGCGACGACGUGCGGUGUGCGGCGGAUCUGUGGAACGGCUACGGCUACGCGACCAACAAGGGCGAAUCGAGCCCGUUUUUAGACGUAUGAGAGUGCACAAGCCCCCCUCCCCCUCAUUUGUGUUGCAUGAACAGCAACACAAGCGCUGGCAAAGAUGCAGCUUCUGCAUGACAAAUUCCUAGAGGAUUGUAGUGUUGUUUUGGAUUCCGGAGUCUGUCAUGCAAACAGUGCUAAGAGGCAAAGGAUGUAUUUGGAAUUUUGCAUGACAAAUGAGCGGGAGGGGGAGUUGUGCACUUUCAUAAGACGGCCCGAAGGACUACGACAGCGGGCUGUUCUCCGGGUGGACGGGAUGGAUCGCGCUCGCGGUGGGGUUAACCAUGGCGCAAUACUUUCUCAACGCCUUGGUCAACAAGUACGUGUCCGUCAUCUGGAACAAAAUCGCCCACACCGUCGGUAAUGAUGAUAAACUCACUAUGAUAAAGCGAUAGUUUUUGUUCUAGUGGAUGUUAUUGUAGAAAAAGACAAUGGUCCAUGACCAUGACAGCCUAGAUUUUUCUGCUUUCACAUUUUUUGUGGGAAGAUGCAUGGAGCUUGAUAGUAGCUCGCUAUUACAGCGCGCCGCCGUUGAUGCAAGCAUGGAGUGCUUUUGCAUGAAGUAGUUUAUUGCCUACAUCAUGUAACAUCAUGGCACUCGCACUUGGUCGAAAUUUCUAUUGCAUCAGAUGCUAAAAAAAAGAACAAAGACGCCCCGCAUCAUCGUCCUGAGAAGAAGUUUAAAGAAAAAAAAAUACAGCGACCGUUUUGUCCUUCUGGGUCGGUGAGAUGAUCUUCGACAGCGACCCGGAGUCCGAUUAUAGCACAACGCAGUUGCUGAUGCUGGCGCUGCUGUCCGUCCUGGUUUUCAGUUCCAUCGUCCUUUUCCUCCUUUUAUGCACUGCAAAAAUGUCUGGGUCGGGAAGGUUGGAACUUGUCAUGCUAAAUCUGAAUCACGCAAAAAUCUGUGUUGCAUGAUUCCCAAAUGCUGCCAACUUUUGAGCAAGCUGAGAGGCAGUUUCUCAUGCAGGAUAGCCAUGAUAGUGAUCUUACGGAAUCUGUCAUGCUAGGUCCUCCAGUACAGAUUAUAUGGGUCAUGGAAAACCUGCAUGACAAGUCGAGCAAAGUUCCAGACCCAGACACUUUUGCAUUUGAUACCUUUCCAAGGAGCAGGCGAAGGCGCAGGCGAAAGCCAUGCAGGAGGCCAGGUUAUCCAAAGACGCCAUCGAACUGAAGGACCACGAGGCACUGGAGGAAGAAAUCGAGGAACACGAGUAUGACUAGCUCAAAUCGGUUACCAUCUCAAACGUUACAAUAGAAUCUGGAGUUUGUGUUGGAUGAUAGGCAUGACAGGCUCGCACAGCGUUCCCCCUUUUGCAAUACAAAUUUCGCCAGAUUUUCGUGGGGUUUGGAGCUCCGGAACUUGUCAUGCGCAACCCUAUGAGAGUUGGCUAGAUCAUGCUCAUCAUGCAAGACAAAUCUCGGACUCUAUUGUAAUGUUUGAGAUUGUAACACCUGAGCGGGUUAUAACUAGCGGGAUAGCAUUUACCACGAGGAGGACGGCGACAUGGACAUGCAAGACUUGGAAAAGGUAUCAACUGCAAAAAUGUCUGGGUCUGGAAGGUUGGAACUUGUGAUGCUAACAUUGGACCCUAAAAAAAUCUGUAUUGCAUGGCCAGCAAGAGGAGUCUAGGCUGUGCUACGCGGGGAGGGCGUUUGUCAUGCGGAGUAGGCAUCAGGAAGCCAUCUAAAAAUCUGUGAUGCUAGCCUGUGCAUUACAGGCAUAGUGGGUCAUGCAAAACAUGCAUUUGACAAGUCUCAGAAUCUUCCAGACUCAGACAUUUUUGCAUUUGAUUAAAGGGCCUUGCCGCCGUGAACAGCAGAAGAAAAAGCAGUUACCACCUACCCGGCGGGGGCAGGAAUUCCGGGAAUGGAGAAGGACUGCAGCGAUGAUUUAGUUGAAAAAUUCGGGGACAACUACGAGAAAUAAUGUUGAACGAGAUCACAACUAACCCGAUUUGAACCGAUUUUGAACACCAUGUCUGGAAGAAGUAGUACUUGGCUCGCAUAACUGCUACGGUACUGCCACUUUCAUUUAUUUACUACUGUUUUCAUCGCAACAACUUUUUCUUUUUAUGCAAGUCCACGUCCAGAAGUGCAGUUUUCUGUACCACGACAAGAGUCGAUGUAACACAACAAGCACCUGCAAGAUGAAUGCAAACAUUAUCUUCACGGCAAUAAAACGAAAACCAUUUUCAUCACGUCGCGCAAACAACCAAGUAGACCAGUGCUGCUGCUGUAAAACAAACGACGAUAGUCAUGCAAACCCAGCAUGAGAACAGAUACAGAAACCACUCUACGUAUCGCAGCAGAAGCACGAGACCAGACCACGAAGCUCAGCUGACAGUCCCGCGCAUCUGAGACGCUGUGAAUCGAACCAAUAAAUCGACCGUACGAAAUGCUAUAAGUCCAUUAAUGUCAACGUCAAAGAACAAGAACGCAACACGGGGAACAGAACACAACAAAAAAACACGACUCCCUACUAUCACUAGCACUUCUGCAAAACAACAACGAAACUGCAACACAAAUAUUUGGAUAUACAACUUUACAACAACACGAGGGCCUGAGCCUGACGGUAAUGAAAAGCGACAGAUUAUUUGUUACCGCUAGGCCCGUCAUUUUUAUCAAAAACUUCUACAACACAAAACCAGAACUACACUAAGAAUCGAAACAAACAACAAAUAGAACUACACGCAACUACGCACAUGCAAAUUUCAUAUGGAUUUGCGCGAAGAAAUUAUCACAUACACACAACGCACACGCAGCACUUGUAUUGCAAUUGCAUGAAAUACCUUUACUAGUGCUACAUCUUCGCGUCACAUUAAAACUGGGCACACGAAAGCUACUAAAUGAUGGAAUCGCUGACGGAGCUACCACUCAAAAGGUACUUGUGGUGCUGGCGGGCCUGCUAUCGAGAUCCAAUUAUAGACCUUACGUUUUGACGCUGUACUACUGCGAUCGUAUUAACAGCACAGAUGGAGGAGAUGUAUGGCGCAAAAAUAGCGACGGACCUCGCUGUUAGGCUUGUCCUGACAUAAACUAUUUUCCAAAGUUUAGGUACCUGUAUGAUUCAUUGUAGCCUUUUCAUGCUUGGAAUUUCAAAUUAUGUUUGAGAGGGUCCGAAGAAAAGUGGCAUUUUAUGUCUACUUACACAGCCUUGGAGAUUGCAAUGCCUCCUCCUCUGCGUCUGCGUUACUACGUAAUUAUAUCAGGCUGUGGCCUUUAACUCGAUCAGCGAUAUGGCCAACUGCAGUUAAAGUUGAAGCGACCACGAUGUUUGUAGUAGUCUAGGUUUUCUUGCGCAACACAUGGAUGCAGACAUUAAACUUUUUCAAACCUCUUUUCG